UCGUUACGCGGGUUCGGAGGACCGGCCACUCUGAGAGCUCUCAUUAUACAUAAACACCAACUGGACCGCAACAGCCAUGAGCUUUUGUCUUCUGUCAGACUCAAAUUUCCCAGCUCUUUAUUGCGCGUACCAUACCGUAAGGUACAAUGCCUUGGUCAUUAAAGGAGGUCGCAAAACAUAACACUCCUAGCUCGUGCUGGGUGAUCAUCAAGAACAAGGUCUACGACGUGACUGACUUCCUGCCUGAACACCCAGGAGGUGCUAAGAUCAUCCUCAAACACGCCGGACGCGAUGCGACGAGCGCGUACGAGCCGAUACAUCCUCCGGAUGCAUUGGACAAGAACCUGCCUCCCGAGAAGCACCUCGGCGACAUAGAUGUGGCCGGCGUGCAGGCACUGCAGAAAGAACGCGCGUCCAGGCAGAAGACAAGGGAUGAGAUCCGCGUGGAGGAAGCGGUGGCCAGGAAGCCUCGCAUCAACAGGAUUCUCAGCUUGUGGGACAUGGAGGACGUUGCCAUGAAUGUGAUGGCGUACAAGACGAAAGCAUAUUACGCGUCGGCAGCUGAGGACGAGACUACACUCAAAGAGAAUGCUCGUGCCUUCUCUCGCUUCUUCUUCCAUCCCCGGGUCCUUAGACCCAUUUCCAAGGCCGAUCCAUCAACAACUAUCCUUGGCUUCCGCUCUUCUCUCCCCAUCUUCGUCAGCGGCGCCGCCCUCGCCAAGCUUGGGCACCCACUAGGCGAGAUCAACAUCGUCCGCGGUGCAGGGCGCACCUCCAUCAUUUACAUGGUCUCCUCCAACGCUUCCCUCUCGCCGUCCCAAAUCGCCGCCGCCCGCACCUCGCCCUCGCAGCCGAUCUUCUACCAACUCUACAAGCCGCGCGACCCUGCCGCGGCAGAGGCGCUUGUGCGCGAGAUCGAGGGCCUCGGGUACAAGGCGAUCUUCCUCACUGUCGACGCGCCCGUUGCUGGCUACCGCGAGCGCGACAUCCGAGCGCCGUUCGAGCUAGAGGACCUCCAGCGCGAGGCGGACGGGGAGAGCGAGCACGCACACCAGACGCCUGGGUCUAGACAGCCCGAGGAUGCGGAGGAGGAGUUGGAGGGGCAGGGGCAGGUGAACGUCCUCGGGACGGCAGGUGCGCUGUUGGCGAACACGGAUGCGGAUAUGACGUGGGCGGAGACAAUUCCGUGGCUACGGAAAGUCACGAAGCUGCCUAUAGUCCUGAAAGGGAUCCAAUGUGUCGCUGAUGCCGUCCUUGCUGCCGAGGCUGGCGUUGACGGCAUACUCCUGUCUAACCACGGAGGUCGCCAACUUGAAUACUCAUUACCACCUUUGGAAGUUUUAUACAGAAUCCGCAAGCAGCGUCCGGAUGUCUUUGAUAAGCUAGAAGUCUAUAUCGACGGAGGAGUCCACCGGGGCACCGAUGUCUUGAAAGCCCUCUGCUUGGGUGCAAAGGCCGUCGGCCUCGGGCGUGCGUUCAUGUAUGCGCAAAGUGCAUACGGCGAAGCCGGAAUCAUACACACGGUACGCAUCCUGCAUCGCGAGAUCGUUCUCGGAAUGCGGUUGCUAGGCGUCACCCGUCUUGAUGAACUCAAGCCGGAGAUGGUGGAGCGAAUGGACUGGCAGCCCGCGCUGGCGAGGCUGUAGUCAUCGUUUGUUCGUCAGUAGAGCCGCUUGCCGGUGUGGCGGAUUAUCUAGGAUAGAUGUAUGGCAUUUCGCAGCGUUGUUUCGUAAUGGUGUCACGACUCGUUCCACGACUGUCAAUUAGCCGAUCCAGAAGUCUGAUCUUUCAUCGCUUCUUGAUAUGUGGAGUCUGGUCGACAGCUUGAUCCUGCUGGUCG